UAGAGACUCAAGCCUGAAGGUCGUCUCGAUAGCGCUUCGCAUGAAGUGUUUCGAAACACUUUGUAAUGGUUAUUUGAUGAAUACGUGGGUGUCAUGAGACCAAGGGUACUAUCGGUCGGUGUCAGCACAGAAACCAGUAUAGCUGUUGAUUACGGUUGGAAAGGACUUAUUGCUCUUGGAAGUUUCACCAACAUACUUAUAGUUGACCCUUGUUUCAGUAAAUCUUUGCAGUCACUUCAGGGGCACCGCGCUAACAUAGUGAAUGUUUUGUGGGCUCCUGAAAAUUACUAUCAUGAUGAUAAAAACCCUUUUCAAUUAAAACUUGCCAGUGUUGACGCGUCUGGAGUAAUAAUUAUUUGGGAUGCUACUACGUCCUCUGCGACCUCAGAGUUUCGUGAGCCAGAUUCACUCGUUUUGGAUAUAUUAUGGCUACCAAAUCAGUGGGUUUCACGUGAUUUGUUAGCUGUUCUCCACUCUCGUGGUAGAUUCAUUAUCUGGAACACACAAACCCAAACAAGAUUGUGGAAGUACUCUUUUGGAGACGAUGUGGUUUCUUUUUCUUUGGAUAUAUUCUCUAAUUCAAAGAUGAUUUUUUGCUCAAAGGAAUAUUUCAUUGUGGAAAAUUUCAAUGUCACUUCGUGUGCCUUUGGAAAAGGCAGGAAACUAAACAUCUCUGAGGCUGGUAGUAACAAGUGUUUUGUUAAUGAAAUAAACUCACAUGGGACAACAUCAGGAGAAACGCCAGUAAAAUUAUCGUACAGUGAACAAAAGGUCAGCCCGGGGAACUCUGGAAGGGCAUGUGAUUCUUCGAGUGAUAGUGCGAGAACAACAUCUAUUAGAACAUGUUUGCAGGUUACUUACCAUCGAUAUCACAAGGACUGUGCGCUGUUUGUUUUUAGGAGGGAGAUUAUUAUUGUGAAUCUGGGAUUGAUCCGUCCACUUCAUGUCAUUUAUCUAGAUCCUUCUUGGCCUUCUUUCUCACGUGUUUAUUCUUGCACUCAACGUGAUGUCAUCAUUUGCCUACAUGAAAAUGGUAAUUUAAGCGUAUAUGCUUGUCGUGGUCUUGCUUUAGCAGCAGAUCCUUCUCUUCAUCCUUCUCAUUUACUGCGAAAACCUAGUAAAGAAUCUUCUGAUAUCCACGCUGAUAACAGCUGCACUUAUGUUCUUGUUGCAACUGCUGCUUCUUCUAGACGCCCAAAACAAGUACAUCAUGUUAAUUUUUCUGUGGACCAAAUGAAUGAGUUGAAUAUUGUCGUAGCUUCAAUUGAUGGGCGUUUCCAGUUUUGGCAACUGCGAGCUGUUCGAGACCCAACUUUUUGUGAUGAAGAGGUGAAACCAAUUUGGAGCCUUUCAGAUCUGCUACCACAUGCACCUGUUGUAGAUAAGCCUCCAAUGAAGUUGUAUCUCGAAUUAAAUGGCCUAUACUCUCCAAGUAGAUCAGAGCCAACACUGUGUCGCGUAUGUCCACCGAAUCUGAUGGGACUUUCAAUGGUAGACUCAAUUCGUGGUCCAUUAGUGUCUGUUGGGAAUAAUCGUGGUGACAUCCAGAUUUGGGAUGUAUCAUCAGCUAUAUUAUGGCGUGAAUAUCGUGUACUACCGGUACCUAUCAAAGGAAUUGAAUGGAUAGCAAUACCUCGAACAAUUUAUAAAAAUAAACAAAUCAGUGAAGAUUCUUCGAGACCAUCAUCAUGUGAAUAUUCAUUAGGUUUAAUUGUUCAUGGUUGGCAAUCCAAAGAUGGUCACCAAAGUUCUCUUACUGAAAAUUCAUCGAAUAGAACAAAUACAAUAGGAAGAAAUUUUGUUACUACACUGGACUUAUCAACAGGUUAUAUGCGUAUAUUUCGUGAUAUUUCAAAUCAAAAUAUUGACAAGACAGGUCCUCGCAUAGGAAUCAGUGUUCCCGGUAGUCAACUUUUAUCUGGAUCCAACGAUCAAGAAAAUCUUUUUGAAGGACCAAUUGACAUUCUUUGUGUUAGCCACUUAAAUCAAUACGUUGGUAUAGCAAUUCGUAAGAGUCCGGUAGAAAUAUGGAAACUAUCUACUUCUUCUUUAAUAGUUAAACUACCUUUGCUACCGGAUAUAACAGCUGUUGCUUUGGACUGGUGUCAUUCGCCAACGAAAUAUCAACGAAGUCGUAAGAUUUCAGACAAGAGUUCUAAAUCUGAGGACUAUGUUCAUUCAAAAGAAUCUGCUCGUACUCGUGAAUCAUGUAUUAUAUGCACUUCGGAUGGUAAUAUUCGCUUGAUUGCAGUGAAUAAUGAUUCAGUAGAUAGCACUUCAGUUUCAAAUACAAUUUUAAACGGUCUACCAACUGUUAGUUUAAAUCGAAUUAAUUCAGUUGCUUGGUUCUCUGAUUUGGUUGCUUUUGGCACUUUAGAUGGUUUUGUAGCUGUUCGAGAUUUACAUAGUAAAAGAACAUUGUUUAGAACAACUUGUUCAAAGUCACAAUCAAAUUAUUUUGAUCAAGCCCUUGGUACCUUUAAUGAACAAUAUUUCGACCCAGAUAUAAUGUUGGAAACAAAUACUCCUGUUGUACAUCCUUCAUUGAAUAUUCGACGUUUAUGUUUUACACCGGGUUUAUCGACUUUUACUCGACUUCUUAGUUUGCAGUUUGAUUCCGUAUGUGUUUGGGAACCAAGACAGAUGCUCCUUUUAUGUAUGAUUGAAUUCGGUGUAUCAGUUCAUCAUUCCUUAAUUUGUGCUGAUUGGGUUUCUGUUGUUACUAAAUUAUCAGAUAGAGCUUUGUGUAUUCUUUUGGGUGGAGAUGGUGCUUUACGACUUGUACAAGCUGGUCAAGCUAAUUAUGAAAUGACAGUUGUUAAUUAUUCCAAUCAGUCAGUAAACCUUGGGAAUACAAUUACUCGUGGAACUACUUUACAAGAUCCGAUUUCAAAAUUUUACAUUCAAAGUCCAUUGCCAGAUAGACCUGACAUUCAAGAUCCUGUUUUAGUCCCGUCGUUACUUCCAUCCAUCACUGCCCUAAAUAUUCGACAUCUCUUACAACAUCAACCGUGGUGUAAAAAGUCUCAAAAUAUCCCUUCGAUUAAAAAUGAGAAUUUAUUGAUUGAUAUAGCUUCUAGUUCUCAAGCGUUAACAUGCGAUCAGACUACCAUAGCUAAUACUGAAUCAGACCAAAGCUCUUAUUCUAGUAGUGACUGUUCUCUGCUUGCUCCUGGUUUUGCAAAGAUUCAGAAUUCUGUAAAUAUAUUCCUAUAUGGCCUCAAAACAAGACAUGAAUUAUCUACCAGUUUUAUGAACCUGUCGAAUACUACCAUUAUUGAACGUUGUUUAUGGACUGCUCAAUUAUUUGGCGAUGUAUAUGAAGUAAAAUUUUGGCGAUUGGUUGCAAAUCGUUUACUAUACAAAAAAGCUUUACAUCACAAUCCACAACAAUUAAAUAGCCAGUUAUGGUCUCGGUAUUUUUUAGAUUUAUCUUGGGAUUUUUUAGCUGACUGUGAUUUAUAUCGUCAGAAUGUUGAAAAAUUUAUAUCAUAUAUGGAAAAGUCGCAUAAUUCACCUACUGAAAUUAUGGAUUGUGUUAAUACACUGAUUAUGGUCGGUCAACAGGAUCGUGCAGUUUCUUUACUACUGGAAACACCUGCAGAUUCAAGUAAUUAUUCUAUAAAUAUGUAUCGUGCUUGUUUGUUUACGGCAAAUAUUGCUAGAAAAUCUCUUCUGUCCGAGUCUAGCGUAAAUCAACCAGCAGAAGAUAAUUAUUUAAGUGUAAUAAAAUUAGUUGCUACAAAUUUACUUUCUAAUGGAAAAAUUAAUGAUGGUAUUGGUUUAUUGUGUCUUAUUGGCUUACAAGUUGAUGCAUGCCGUUACUUAGAAUCGUUCGAUCGAUGGGAUCGUUCUGUAUGGUUAGCUAAGUGUACAUUAUCAAUUGAAGAACAUGAUAAAGUAAUGAGACGUUGGGCGUCCUAUUUAGCUUCAUCUCAGGUUAAUCGAAAAUUAUUGCAAAAGAAAACAAACAAAUUACUGUCACUUCAUAUGUAUGUUUAAUUGUUAUUUACGUGUCGUAAAUAGUGUUUUUAUCUGCUAGUAAAUCAUUAAUAAAACUUGAUUGACAGUUAUUAUUCACGAAUUAUUUCGUCAUCAAUGCAUUCGCUCAUCACCUUCAUGAUUCUUAAUUGGUUGAUUUUUCAUGCAAUAGUUUACUGCUUAUUCAUCAGUUGAAGGAUGACUGAAUGUCAAGAGAUAGUUCUUGCUUUUAUCUAUUAAGAAUCACAUUUUUAAAAUCUAAUCUUGAGUCUAUAUCUUUCGAAUUCUUUUGUGUACUUUACAACCAUAAUCUUUUCUGUAAGUAGAGUCUCCUUCUAAAUUUGUAACUGUAACUAAUGAUUUGAAAAAAUUACGAUGAUUAUUACAAGCACUUCUUUUAGAUUUUCAACUUCAAUAUUUCAAGUGAUCAACAUCAGUUCAACACUUAAAUGUUUUUACCUUGAACCUAUUGCAUCUUCGCCUGUGUAACACGAAUAUAAAUACAAUCUCCUACUCAAUAUUAAUAAUCAUUGCAAUCAUAAGUUAUACUACAUUUUUCUUACUAUCACGCUCCAAUCUUAUUGCACUGUUACAAAUCACUGUGAUUUAGGUCAGUUUAUGUCUAUUAGCUAUCUGUAAUCUAUAGUCCAUUGAACAAAAUUGUUAUGAUUAUAAUAAUUACCUUUCUAUAACUUACUGUUUAUAUUUUCAAUGUUUAUAGUAACAAUAAUAUGACUAUUUUGUUUUCUCUUUCUUUCCUCUUUUUUUAAAAACAAACAUCUUAAAGGAUUUAGCUAUACUCAUUUAUGUUUAUUUAGAAGAUCAUUCUAAUGUCUUAAAGUUACUUUUUAAUCUUAAACAAUAUCAGUUAGCAGCUAGAUACCUGGAAGCAUGCCGUGAAUUAAGCCUAUUGGAUACAACUAAAGAAACAGAAUCAUUUUACGAGUCAAUAUUUUUGGAAUUCGGUUCAUUUCUAAUAAAACUUGGUCAUCAUGAAGCUGCUAUGUAUUAUUGUAAUUUAGCUGGAAAAAUGGCUGAUUCAUUAAAAGAAGAAAUAGAUUUUCUUUUGUCGUAGAAUAAACUUUAAACUGACAAUAACAUUCAUCAUCAUUUUUGAACUUCAUGAUGGUGAUGAUAAGAAACCAAACAAUUUUUGCCAUUUCCUUAAUCUCAUAUUUUCUUUUCUGUUCAUUCCUCAUUUAUUUUAACCAAAAAUACGAGUGGAUAUUGUUGACUGUGAUAGAUAGAACAAUAUAUAUAAUAAAUUAUUUGACUUGACUAAUAUUAUAUUCCGUUUUGCACCUUUUUUUGUAUUUUUUUUUACUUGCCAGUAUAUAUGUAUGUGUGUGCGGAUAAAACUAUUUUUCACUUUUUUUGUAUUUCUGCUUUUUUUUUCAAAAAGUGUAUUCUCAACUUUCCUGCCAACAUUUCAAUUUUGUUGUUUUGAAUUUUGUUUGUAUCGUCGUUUUUCUUCUGUUUUCUAUUUGUUUAUAUAUUUUAAAAGAGAAAGAGGAAAUAAUCAUUUCUACGUGUGAUUUUCGUUAGUAUUCUUUAUUCGACUUUUUGUAUUCAAUUUAUCGAUAUAACUGUUAUCGUAUGAAGUGUGACGUCGAACACCACAAGUUAUUUGAAGUUAAACACGUAGACCGUCGGUUGUUGUCUCAGUAGUUUAAAGAUUAAGCACUCCCUGCCAGUUUUGAUGAUUGUAGUUUCGAUCCUCUAAGGAGUUUUUAGAUGCGCACUAUUUUUGAGGAGUCUCAUAUUGUACAAAUCAGUUGUCCACUACUUCCUAGUUCUGUGUUCUUGUCUUACUUAAGCCGGUUCUUAUUUCCAAUAAACUUUUGGAUUAGUUUUUUUUCUC